CUACAUCAUGAUGCAAGCUCGGAUGUGAGGUUCAUGCUCCAAGUGAACCAUAGCUUCAUUCUCGCCGGCUUCCCCGUUGGAACUUACUUUGAUGAAGUAGAAGCUAGUUCCCCCGGUAUUCUUGCAUACAUAUCCUGUUGUCCACCGCCGGGUUUGACAUCCUUCUCCUGCCUUGUUGCCGCCCUUAUCCCCUGUACCGGUACAUAUGCAGGGCUCCUGGCCCGAUGUAUAGGUCGCCUUCCCACCGAUCGUGACCGCAAACCGCGCGAGCCGUCACCCGAAACUUUACGACGUGUCGGAUACAAUGGCGGAAGUCAAUCCGGAGCUCCAGGCUCGACUCCAGGAUCUCGAUCUUGAUUUACAGGAAGGGGAUAUCACGCAGAAAGGUUACGAGAAACGUCGAUCCCAACUCCUCUCACAAUAUCUUGGCCAAGAUCAGGCCGAACAAGUCCAACACGAUUGGCGCCUUCAAUCAAUUAACGAGGACACUCGAUCUCCUGAUGGGUCUCGCGCGAGCUUCACCUCGGGGCCCCAUCCUCCUUAUCUGUCGAAUCCUCCGGGUACAUAUUCCUCGAGUUCAUCGACAGUGCAACCACCUAGCCAUGUUGGAAGGUUCCAAGAGCGACAACUCCACGUACGAAAUGCAGGCCCGGAAAGCGCGGGAGACGGGCAGCGUCUGCAGCGACCGCCAAGCUAUGGAGGAUCCACCAGAUUGGAUACAAUGGCCACUGGGGACUAUGUCUUCAACCCUGAAAACGAGCCCGCAACCCGGGGACCGCCAGAGGAUAGCAGGAACAGCACAAUGCUCGAGUCCCAACAAGGAUACUUUUCCGAUUUUGCGGGGCAACAGAUGCAAGAGCAGAGGGACGCAGGCAAUUAUGGUGGCCCACAUCGAUAUUCCCAGAGUGACGUAUUCUCACCGACCGCAUUCUUCCCGCCACCGAUGCUAACGGCAAACGAUCUGCCUUCUCCUGGCGCGGUUGAAUGCCAGCUUCCGCUGGAGCCUCGAGAAAUCCCCUUUGACGUGUUCGAUCCCCACAACGGGAAUGUUCCCAUGUCCAAUUUCGACAACAUUGGCGCAGUCCUAAGACAUCGGGCCAAGGCCAACGUACGCCAGACAGCAUAUUGGGUGUUGGACCAGAAAGGGAAAGAGAUUGCAUCGAUCACGUGGGACAAACUGCAUAGCCGAGCCGAAAAGGUGGCCCAAGUCAUCAAGGACAAGAGCAAUCUGUAUCGUGGAGACCGAGUGGCUCUGGUGUAUCGAGACCAAGAGGUUAUCGAGUUUGCGGUAGCUCUCAUGGGUUGCUUUCUUGCAGGGGUUGUUGCUGUGCCGAUGAAUAACAUCGACGAUUAUCAGACGCUGUCGCUAUUGCUAACCACAACUCAAGCCCAUCUUGCUUUGACCACCGACAACAACCUCAAAUCCUUCCACCGCGACAUCAGCGCACAGCGCUUGAAAUGGCCUACCGGGGUCGAGUGGUGGAAGACCAAUGAGUUUGGAAGUUACAAUCCCAAGCGGAAAGAUCUCGACCAGUCGGGAGCUCCCGACUUAGCAUACAUCGAGUUUUCCAGAGCCCCAACAGGCGAUCUAAGGGGUGUGGUUCUAAGUCACCGGACGAUUAUGCACCAGAUGGCCCUUGUCCAAGCCAUUGUAUCCACGGUCCCUUCAGGCAAGAGCAACGACACUUUUCACCCUGGACUGCGUGAUAAAUCGGGAAACCUUGUUGUGCAACCGUUCAGCAGGCCAGGUGAGGUGGUUAUGUCGUACCUUGAUCCCCGAGAAGGCAUUGGCCUAAUUUUGGGUGUUCUUUUCGGUGUCUAUGGCGGCCACUCCACCGUUUGGUUCGAGUCUGUGACAGUCGACACCCCAGGUCUGUAUGCCCACCUGAUCACCAAAUACCGGACGACAAUCAUGGUAGCAGAUUACCCCGGGCUCAAGCGGUCUGCGUACAACUACCAGCAAGAUCCCAUGGCAACCCGCAACUUCAAGAAAGCAUACGAGCCAAACUUCUCCACCGUAAAGAUCUGUCUCAUUGAUAGCUUGACCGUCGAUUCUGAGUUUCAUGAUGUUCUGGCCGAUCGCUGGCUGAGACCGAUGCGCAAUCCCCGUGCCAGAGAGCUUGUCGCGCCUAUGCUCUGCCUUCCAGAGCAUGGUGGGAUGAUGAUUGCAGUGCGAGAUUGGCUCGGUGGAGAGGAACGGAUGGGUUGCACCCUCGGGCAAGAGAAGGAUGAGAGCGACUCCGAUGACGAUAAGAAAGAGGACGAUUCUGGAAUCCCUCCCAAUGGAUAUACCUCAUUGAUUGCCGGUGGACCGAUAAAACCGAUAACGAAAGCGAAGCGAGGCACCGAACUCAGUGAAGUCCUGCUCGACAAGGAAGCGUUGAAGACCAACGAAGUUGUGGUAUUGGCCACUGGAAGCGAAGCCCAGAAGCGUGCAUCUGAACCAGGUACUUUGAGGGCUGGUGCGUUUGGUUAUCCGAUCGCCGAUGCAACACUCGCCGUCGUAGAUCCAGAGAAGAAUCUGUUGUGCGCUCCUUAUUCUGUUGGCGAAAUCUGGGUGGAUUCUCCGAGUUUGAGCGGAGGGUUCUGGGCUUUACCAAGGCAUACCGAAACCAUCUUCCACGCGAGGCCGUAUCGCUUUGAGGAAGGUAACCCCACUCCAGUCAUGGUGGAACCCGAAUUCCUCCGUACCGGUCUUUUGGGAACGGUCAUCGAAGGGAAGGUGUACGUCCUAGGUCUAUAUGAAGACCGCAUUCGACAGCGGGUCGAGUGGACCGAAAGCGGUGUCACCGAGCACGAGCACCGAUACUUUUUCGUACAACAUCUUGUGCUUAGCAUCAUGAGGACAGUCCCACGCGUCUACGAUUGUUCUGCAUUCGAUGCUCAUGUGAACGGCGAGUAUCUUCCUAUUGUCCUUAUCGAAACGCAAGCUGCAUCAACGGCACCUACGACAGCAGGCGGGCCUCCCAGGCAACUCGACAUACCGUUCUUAGAUACCCUUGCGGAACGAGUCAUGGAAGCGCUCUACCAAGAGCAUCAUCUUCGUGUGUUUUGUGUCAUGACAACCGCUCAAAACACUCUUCCUCGAAUCGUCAAAAACGGCCGUCGUGAGAUUGGCAACAUGCUCUGCCGACGGGAUUUUGACAAUGGCAGUCUUGCCUGCGUUCAUGUGAAAUUUGGCGUCGAAAUGGCCGUUCAGAAUCUACCAAUCGGUGACGACCCGGCCGGGGGCAUUUGGAGUAUGCAGUCGGCGCAAUCCCGAGCUGGACUCCUGCUCAUGCAGGAUAAACAGUAUUCUGGCGUGGAUUAUCGCGAGGUGGUCAUUGAUGAUCGAACGUCCACUCCUCUCAACCAGUUCAGUAACAUUCAUGACCUGAUGCAAUGGCGCGUGUCCCGCCAGGCAGAAGAGCUUGCAUAUUGCACGAUAGAUGGCCGGGGCAAGGAGGGGAAGGGAGUCAACUGGCGAAAAUUUGAUCUGAAGGUGGCUGCAGUGGCCAUGUACCUCAGGAACAAGGUCAAGCUCAAGCCAGGAGACCCCGUUCUGCUCAUGUAUACACACUCUGAGGAGUUCGUGUAUGCCAUACACGCUUGCUUUUGCCUGGGCGUUACAGCGAUUCCGAUGCCGCCAAUUGAUCAGAACAGACUCAGUGAAGACGCUCCGGCUCUUCUACAUAUGAUCAGCGAUUUCCGGAUCAAGGCCCUCCUCGUCAACCACGACGUGGACCAUGUCUUGAAGCUCAAGCCGGUCUCACAACAUUUGAAGCACACGGCCAUGAUCCUACGAGUCAACAUACCUAACAUCUACAACACCGGCAAAACCCCAAAGCAGACUCAUGGAUGCCGAGUCCUCGAGUUAACGCUGAGACCGCAAUGGGUGCAACCGGGUUAUCCAGCGCUAGUUUGGGUGUUUUGGACCCCGGACCAACGACGAGUGGCGGUUCAGAUGGGCCAUGACACCAUUAUGGCACUCUGCAAAGUACAGAAGGAAACGUGUCAAAUGACCAGCACCAGACCCGUCCUCGGUUGUGUUCGGAGCACGAUUGGACUUGGUUUCGUCCAUACGUGCUUAAUGGGCAUAUUUUUAGCUGCCCCUACAUACCUUGUUUCGCCUGUGGAUUUCGCACUAAAUCCUAUGAUCCUCUUUCAGACGCUCUCUCGCUACAAGAUUAAGGAUACAUAUGCGACGUCUCAGAUGCUUGACCAUGCCAUGGCCUUUGGAGCAGGCAAAGUCUCUGGACUUCAUGAGUUAAAGAAUCUGAUGAUCUCCACUGACGCACGCCCACGGGUUGAUGUAUACCAAAAAGUCAGAGUCCAUUUUGCCCAAGCGGGACUGGACCGGACGGCGAUCAACACCAUUUACUCGCAUGUCCUUAACCCGAUGGUCACCUCUCGUAGCUACAUGUGCAUCGAGCCCAUUGAGCUUUGGUUGGACAUGGAAUCAUUGCGGCGAGGUCUUGUUCUUCCUGUCGACCCCGACUCGGAUCCUACAGCCCUCUUGGUCCAAGAUUCGGGCAUGGUGCCGGUGAGCACUCAGAUCAGCAUCGUUAACCCGGAGACCAGUCGGCUGUGUAUGGUCGGCGAAUACGGCGAAAUUUGGGUUCACUCGGAAGCCAAUGCGUUCGGGUUUUACGGAAGCAAAGACGCCUUUGAUGCCGAACGAUUCAAUGCUAGGACUCUGGAUGGCGACCCGAACGCUCAGUAUGUUAGAACUGGCGACCUGGGCUUCUUGCAUAACGUGUCACGACCCAUUGGACCCGGCGGGAGCCUGGUUGAAAUGCAGAUCCUAUUUAUCCUUGGAAAUAUUGGCGAGACGUUCGAAGUCAACGGCCUGAAUCAUUUCCCUAUGGACAUCGAAUACUCUGUGGAACGAUGCCAUCGGAACAUUGUCCCGGGCGGAUGUGCGGUUUUUCAAGCGGGAGGUCUUGUUGUCGUUCUUGUCGAAAUCUUCCGCAAGAACUUCCUCGCCGCGUUGGUGCCGGUCAUCGUCAAUGCGGUCCUCAAUCAUCAUCAUUUCGUCGUCGACAUCGUCGCUUUCGUUGGCAAAGGCGACUUCCCUCGCUCUCGGCUUGGCGAAAAGCAGCGAGGCAAAAUCCUCAAUUCGUGGGUCCAGCGGAAGAUCCGCAGCAUCGCUCAAUUCGGUAUCCGGGAUCCGGAUGGAUUGGGAAUUGACGGACCGGGCUUCGGCAGCACCGAUGGCCAAACCACGCUCAAUCAAGUCGCCGAAGAGCAAGAUCCUGAGUCAAGAAAUUAUAGCACCGGGCAGAGCCAGCGCUCAUCCACAGCAAUCUCGUCGAAAGAGCCGUCCGCACCUCCUAGUCUCACUUCAGCGCCGUUGGCGCCGGCUCCCCUAUCUGUCUCGCAUCGAAGCGGCGAUUGGUCGGUGGCUGAGCUGCCUGAGAACGCUUCUCGAACGUCGGACGACUUCGAUGCCGCAACUUUCCGUGCUGAGUUGCCCGGCGAGGACCUGUUGGGUCCCGACGAUCGUACACCAACGGAUCUAUCAUCACGCCCGCAAUUUCCGCGGUUGAGUGUUACCAACCCGUCAGGAACGACUGCUGCCGGGACGUCGGGAAUCGCUGGGGUAGACUACAGCCCGGUUGAUCGAGCCGGCCCAUUCGCAUCGGAGCAAAGCUACCAGGCACCAUUCGAAAACUCCGGCAAAGGCCCGAAGGCUCAGUAUCCGAGUUAUGAGGGUGACGACUAUGGCCCUAUUGAAAGCUACGACUACCGGGAUGCUAGGAACGAUGAUGACGACGAUCGAUACGCGUCGGCGAGUGUGGGGCCAUUGAGAGUCAUGAACCGGGAAAGCGAGGACGAUCCCAUUCGUUCUAGCUCGGAGUCUUCGGCUCAAAAUGAAGGCCAAACCCCAGCCCCGGGAAAGGAAUCGACCAAGGGCCAGGACUUGGAUGAUGAGUGGAAACGAGAUGCAUUGAUGCAUAUGAAUUGGAGGGGUGCCAACCCAAAUGAGAUAUGACCGAAACCAUAGACGAUAGCAUGGUGUUAUCGCGUGUCGGGUACGAUUUCGGAUUGUCUCACCAGAAGCCGAAAUCCCAUCGAUGAAGAAUGAUGUCGCAGUUAGAAAAGCUUCGAUCAACGAUUGUUAUUCCCGCGAUGUGAAGCUUAUACGCGUAGGACAUGGUUUUUUGUCUCGAGUCAUGUAAUAAAGUGCCACGUUUCCCGGGGCCAUGAUGUGAUGUAUGUAAAUUUUCGUAAUGUUCUAUUCCAAAAUACAUGCGUGUUUAGCGUCUUGUCUAUCACC